AUGUAUGCGCCGAUGGAAGGAGGCUGUGUAUGCAUCACCCGCAAUAUGCAAUAUGCCAUGUCUGAAACUCGCCCGAAACUGGAGGAAACCCUUCCGAGUUGGCCGCCGACAAGCUUCCCCCCAGCCAGCACACUGCAGCCAAGAAGCGCCAUGCCUCGACUCCUGUUCGGAUCACUGCCAGCCGAUCUGACGACGGCUGGGCUCACCGAGCUUCUCGCGAAUCCGCCGAAGGGCAUCUCCGCUCCAGCCGCCCUGGACCACACCACCCCCCGGCCGACGGAUGUGAAGGUUCUGCUCAACCAGCUCGGCCGGUCGCGGCGGAUGGCCUUUGUGGGAUACAAGUCCCAGGAGCAGGCGGCGUGGAUCAAGGAUGUCUGGGAGGGUACCUGGGUCGAUGGCCGGGCGGGCGGGGGCACCGGCAGCAGGGUCUCCGUCGAAUGGGCAAAGGGCAUCGAGCCGUCCACAAAGACUCGCGCAUCCGCCCAGAAUGACCCCUCCACAAGUUCCUCCCCUGCCGACUAUCCACCCAAGAAGAAAACUAAACUCGAGGCGGCCGAAAAACCACAGGAUUCCCAGUUUGCCGAAUUCAUGUCCCUCUCUCAUCCUCGCAAAAAUAAGUCCCUGGUCCACGAAAUCAUGGAGCUGUCUAUUCCUCAACAACCCACCACCAACGCUGCUGCUCCACCACAGCCUGAGCCUGAAGACCCCCCCACGGAGAAUCAACCACCUCUCGACGGCUCCUCAUCCAGCCGCUCUUCCUCGCCUCCACCGGUGAUCGGUGAUGAUGAAGAUAUCACAGACAAAGAAUACCUGGCCCGGCGGAUGAAAAGGAAGCUCGCGGACACUGUCGAUCUUCAGCCUGAUCCGAAGGAGCCUUCAUCCGAAUCUAAGGAGUGGGAUCAGGAAGAGGAGGACCUGGCCGAGAACGGCGACCAGAAAGCGGCUCCGGAUGACCAGCAGCAAUCCAAGAAACCCCAUGAUGGCUCCAAGCCGCCCGAACCCGCCGUGGCUAGCGACGAGACAACGAUCCUCGAGAGCGGCCGGCUGUUCUUGCGCAACUUGGCCUUCUCCGUCACCGAAGAGGAGAUCCGAGCGCUCUUUGAGCCGUUUGGUAACGUUGCCCAAGUCCACAUUCUUCUCGACCAUGAACGCAAACCCAAGGGCCUCGGCUACGUGAGCUUCAGCCGAUCGUCAGAUGCGCUCGAAGCCUACCGCAAGCUAGACCAGAGCGACUUUCAAGGCCGGCUUCUCCACAUCCUGCCCGCUGUCACCCGCAACUCGCGCGCCGAUCCGGCUUCCAAACCGCACAAUUCCGUCAAGAUGGAGCAGGAUGCCAAACGCAAGUUGGAGAGCAGCAAACAGUUUAACUGGGCUACUUUGUACAUGAAUUCGGAUGCUGUCGCAUCUUCGGUGGCCGAUCGACUCAAGAUCACCAAGGCUGAGCUCUUCAACCCGGACGCCCAAAACCCCGCAGUCAAGCUAGCCUUAGCAGAGACCCAUGUGAUCAACGAGACGAAGCAGUUUCUCGAAGACAACGGGAUCGAUGUGGAAGCGUUCGAGAAGCUCAAGUCAGCCCGCUCGCCCACCACGAUCCUGGUCAAGAACAUCCCCUACAACACCUCGACGACUGUCGUCAAGGCGCUCUUCUCCGAGCACGGCUCGGUGCUCAAGGUCUUGAUGCCCCCGUCCGGGACGAUCGCGGUGGUGGAGAUGGGCGACAAGGAGGACGCGAGAAGCGCGUUCAGAUCGCUGGCUUACAAGCGGAUCGGGAACUCGGUCCUGUACCUCGAAAAGGCGCCGCUGGAUCUGUGGAAGAUCGAUCCUGCUCAGCCCGACUCGGCAGUGGUUGUCGUCAAGGAAAGCAAGCCGUCGAAAGCAGAGGCGGAAGAAGCGGUUGGCGAGCCCGGGUCGACGCUGUUUGUGAAGAAUCUGUCGUUUGGAACGAGCUCGGAGGCCUUGGCCUCCCGCUUCUCCAGCCUGCCCGGAUACCUGUUCGCGCGCAUCCAGACCAAGCCGGAUCCGAAGAAUGCGGGCGGGCCUCGUCUGAGCAUGGGCUUCGGGUUCGUCGGCUUCCGGACGGUCGAGGCCGCCCAGCAGGGGCUCCAGCGGAUGCAGGGCUGUUGCUUGGACGGCCACAGUCUGGCGCUGAAGUUUGCGAAACAGGGCCGGGAGGAGGAGGAGGAGGAGGAGGAGAAGAAGGGAGAGCUGGCUGGCGGCAAGAAGAGCAAGACGACGAGCAAGCUGAUGAUCAAGAACUUGCCGUUCGAGAUCAGCAGGAAGGAGCUCUCCGAGCUCUUUGGGGUCUAUGGCAAGCUCAAGUCGGUCCGGCUGCCCAAGAAGCUCGACCGCAAGUCGCGCGGGUUCGGCUUCGUCGAGUUCCACACCAAGAAGGAGGCCGCCGAGGCCCUCAAGAGCCUCCGCUUCUCCCACCUCCUCGGCCGCCAUCUCGUGAUCGAGUACGCCCACGACGAGGCCGACGCCAAGGCGCUCGACUUGCACAGGCUCAGGGCCGACCAGUCCGCGCUCCUCACCCUCCAGACCCCCACGCCCUACCAGAAGAAGAAGUUCGUCGGGCUUCAUCCGACGGACGCCGGUGAGGAUGGCCAGGAUGUGCCCGAGUUCUUGGUUGGCUGA